UGUUUGGCAUAGUGGAAGUGGAAUCGUUAGAUUCGUUACUGUUGAUUCUUAUUCUUAUUGAAGAGUUGUUGGACGAAGUGUUCAGUCUGAAAGUGCCUUUUCUUGUGCUAGAUUAAUUUUAAAUUAUUCGAACUUUAGAGUGAUAUCAUCUAAGAUGUUCGGAAUAAUCGUCAGUGGACGUAUGGUCCAAACCAAUUUUCAGCAGAUUGCGGAGAGACAGUUUGUGUCUGUAGUAAGUGAUGCAGACAAUGUAAACCACAUAGUGAUCUUCAUGACUGGUCAGAUUCUCUUCCCGGACGGGUUUGCAGGACUAAUUUACUUCAGUUGGCCCGACCCUGAUGCACCGCCCAACUGGCAAUUGCUGGGAUACAUAUCCAAUGACAAGCCUUCAGCAGUCUUCAAGAUAUCCGGGCUGAAGAAGAAGACAGAUUCGCAAGUGGGAUUCUUGCAAUUCAUACAGAGAGCGAUUUCGCAUGACGCCCAGAUUGGUAUAUCUGUGGAGUCAGUGGACGUGGUCCAACAGCAGAUUACGAUGUUGGAGGCCAGCAAGACCAACACGCAAACACAGUUCAUGGAGUUUUCUCAGAAGAUGCUCCAAAACUUCAUGAACUACGCUACAAGUUUCAUCACAACACAAGCACAGAUGGUGCCCAACCCAGCAGAAAGCUACAUCCCAGUGUCAGCCGUCCACAACUGGUACCAAAACUUCGAAAGAAGGCUAGCAAUGAAUCCUUACUUUUGGCAGUCAUGAAUAAGUACGUUAUGUUGUAUAUAGUCCUUCAUUUUUAACAUGGUUGGGUAGUUGCCGUUUCAUUUUAAUAUUGUGAGUUUUCCAUGUAUUGCCAUUGUGCCUACAGACUUAUGCACUUAAAACUAAUUUCUUGCACUUCUUUGGGUUAAUUGAAAUAUGUAAUUGUGAUUUUUUUGAAUAAAUGUGUAGUGUAAGUUUUAUAAUAAAAUGUAAGCAAUUACAGAACAAUAUUAACACACAGUGUUUGCUGAAACCGUGUCAUUUAUUACUUUGUGUAAUUGUAAUGUGUAAUUUACUUUACAGCUAACCAAGACUUUAGUAUGAAGACAGUCUGGCUAUUUGUUCCAAGUUCUGUAUUUACCCCAGUCUCAGCAUUCCUUUGAGAAAUAAUUUAUAAACACAGCAGAUUACAAUUACAAUGAAUAACUCACAUGCAUUACAACGAACCAAAUACUACAUUCUUUUAUUGUACCAUACUUGUACAUUUGUAGACUACAGAUAGCAAUUGUAUAGUUACUUUUUCAUAUUGAAAAGUUAUUAAAUAAUAUCGAUAGGUUAAAAAUUGAUGGAAAAAGUAACCAGUGCUUUCUGUUCCUUCUAUUAAAGUAUUACGUGUUUAAUAUAAAAUAUUUUAGAGUAGUAAUGCACAAGCUUUUGCAGUCAAGUUUCCUUUGAACAAAUUUUAAACUGACAAAGUAGCCAGAUACAAAAUAAAUCAAUCUUUGAAAUUUGUUUUGACUCUGACAUCAAUAGACCACUAGCCAAGAGCUAAUUUGCUCUGCAAAAGCACAAAACCUGUCUUUUCUGGAAAUCGAUAGAGGAAUUUUUCCUCAGAAAGAAAUUGCUUGUCAGCCACCUAAUUUUAGUUAGGGUCAAAAUGGAGGAUAUCGAAGGGUUAAAAUAUUAGACUAUAAUUUAUUUCUUAGAUUAGAUAUUAUCUAGGUUCUUACAAUUAGUCCAUCAGACACAUAAAUAUCAGUUACAUCUAACUAGAUAAAAGAGUCUUAAAAGCGCCACUAGAAGGUCCACAUAUGGUUGGUUGAUAAUGAUUUAAUAUUUAUUUACUGUCUGACGGUUGAUUCCUUUAAGUCUGUAAAGCUAAGAAAAAUGUGAUCUGAGAAAAAAAUUAUUUCAUAUUUUUUACCUUUUGACACUGUCUCAUUUUGACCUCAACCAAAAUUAGUGCGACUGGCAAUGGUUUUCUCUGUCAAGAAAAAUUUCUCUAGGGAGAUAAAGAAAAACCAGGAUGUUUGCUUACACGGAUCAAAUUGGCUCUCUGCAGGUGGAGUAUAAUAGCACUGUUGUUUUUUCUAGUGUUCAUUAUUGAUUAACACUAGAAAUCAACAUGGAAUUCAUUAUGGUGUUCUUAAGUGUAAUUUUUUUUGUUGAUGUAUGACUUCAAUCUCACAUAUCUAAAUAAUAGAAAUAAAAUGUACAAGAAACAUUUACAAAUAAAUAAAUUUACCUUCUUUUUAAAAUACCUGUAGUAAGUGACUAAAAAAUUGUCAUUGACCUAUAUUUUGGAAAACUGUAUCUUAGUAUUAUGUAGGCCAGAUUUGUCUCUAUAUUAGAUUGAAGUCUCAGUUUUAAAUGUUGUAAAUGAAUGUAGACUUUAGUAAUUGCGUUGUAUGUUUCUUGUUAAUUUUAUUAUCUAGACUUUCUAAUAUGUAAGUGAUAGUUUCACUUAACAAUUUCAAUAAUGAUUGAACGGAAGCAGGAACUGUGCUGGUAACUGCUCUCAUCCUCUAUUAGCCUAUCUUGGCCUUUUUUGGCCCAUAUAUGUAACUAUAGUUUGUGUGCCAUGAAGUUAGGUGUACCGAAGGCGAAAUGACAUUGUCAGAAAGAGGCGGAACAUUAACCUGAAAGAGCUACUGUUAACAGUUCGCUCUUUUAUGAAUAAUUUGAGCUGGCUUUUUUAUUUAUAGAACUAUCCAAGGUUCACACUAUUGUAGUAUAGAAAAUGUUUGUUUUUUGUAGUUUUAAGUGAAGAGUUUUUUAAGAGGGAUAUGUAUAUAUCUUGCAGAAAUGUAUAAUUAGUAAUAUAUAGAAAUAGGAAUUGUUCAAAAAUAUUUUAAAUGAACAAUACUUAAGAAUAAAAUGUAUAACUUUAAAGUAUACUUUUUUCUAUUUAUUAUAAAACUAAUGGGGUUGGUGAUUAUGUUCUGUUUUGGAUGUUACAUCUCGGGGAUUCCACGGUAAUGUAUAGAAAUCAGAAUAAAAAACAUGUAUUUCAUCAUUAAAUUACAAUUGACAAAUGUAUGCUAACAUUGUUAUUAAUAUCUUAGUUUAUUUAUUUUUAAUUUAACAAAGUGUAACCAACUUGUGCAUAACCCACUGUGUUGUAACGGGUGUUACGUGUACAGACUUAGAUACAUUUUCAAGGAUAAAAAAUACCUCUAAAUAAAUUAUUUAUGUAUGUAGCAUGUAAAUUAUUUUCAUCCAUCUCCAACUUUUCUUUUGACCGCUUCAGUCUGUUUUUUGUUGUGCCAUUACAUGGAAGAAAAUAAAUAAUUCAGUUGUAUUAACAACCAUCAAUGAAGUAUUUAAAAUUUAGAAAUAAGUAAAGUUGGAAUACUGAAUGUAUUGAAAUCAUUAUACACUAUAGUGUAUGAGAUUUGGAUGCUCAGGUUUAGUUUAUGGAAUCCCUGAUCUUCCUAUAAUGUAUAAUUCUCCACAUUUGGACCAGAACCAUUAAUCCCAUUACUAAUGUAUUUGUUUGUGCUAUUGAAUGUUAUCAAUACAAAUUCAGCCUUUAUUUAGAAUGUGGAUUUAAAAUAGUAUUGAAGAGACCAAAACCACAGUAAAAUAUGUAUGUUUAAUGUAUUAUUUUAAUUGUAAUGUUUAUUAUAUAACUUGUCAUGCUGCCCAUCAUUUUAUACUUUUAUGAAGGACUCUUGUUUAACUUGUCAUGCAUUGCCAAAAACUGUAUUGUUUUGUAAUAAAGUGCUGUUAAAACCACUAUAUUUUUAUUAAAAGAGUUUAUAAUGCA